AUGGCAUUACAAGCUCGAAUGAGACGGUGGAUGAGUGACGGACUCACAUCGGAGAUCAAUUUGGAACCACAUGAACGUCCUGUCGAAGUUUGGCUGCAGGACGAAGUCACAUUCUACGCAAAUGACAGGCGUCAUUCCGGAUGGUAUCAUCUCAAUGCAGGUUCCGAUCCUCGUCCAAAGGGGGAAGGGAUAUCAAUCAUGAUCUCCAAUUUCAUUUCCGCAGAUCGAGGAUGGUGCAGAUCACGAGAUGGGAAAGAGAGUGCAAGAGUUGUCUUUCGAGCAGGGAAGUCGCUAGACGGAUGGUACACAAGUGAAGACAUGCUGAAACAGGUGACGAAGGUCAUGGACAUCCUGGAAAACAAUUAUCCAGAGUCAGAUCACGUUCUCGUGUUUGAUAACGCAUCCACGCACCUGAAACGAGCAGAUGAUGCCCUAUCUGCAUGGAAGACACCCAAGGGAAUCCGGGAAUGGGGAGUUGAGACGACGCUAUUGGGAGAAGACGGAAAACCAGUCCAUGGGCGGGAUGGGAAAGUUCUAAAAACGAAGGUGCCGAUGCAAGACGGGCGAUUCGCAGACGGACGACCACAGCCGCUUUAUUUCCCACCCGGCCAUGAGCAUGUGGGAAAGUUUCAAAGGCAUGGCGGAGAUUCUGUGGGAGAGAGGGUACAAUGUUUCGAAGCUGAAGGCCCAGUGCACCAAGUUCAGGUGCCCAGAGGGGGCCACUCAAUGUUGUUGUCGAAGAAUCCUCUUCAAUGA